AUGGCUCCAGCGAAUGGUGGAUCCGCCUUUAUCGUGAUCACUGAAGACCCGCAGCAAGAUCGCGGCAAGCGCCUGAGCCAAGUGCGAUCGCAUCUCGCCAAAGAGCGCCAUCGAUCUCGUCGGAGGAAUGAUCGACUCGGAUUGAAUAGCAAUGGCAGUAGUGAUAGUCAGGAUUCCAGGACACCGACCCCGGAGAGUGCUCUGAGCCUCAUACCGGAGAUCCCAGUCAGGCACAAGUCCCCGCCACUCGCCUCCUCGGCAACUGGGUACCGACGGAUGCAGAAAUUUAUGCACCAAUACGUACUCUACGGUCAACAGGUCCACCCGUUCUUCUCCCACGUCAUAUACGCAGCGACAUCCCAUACAGCUCUUAUGAGUACAAAGAUUCUUAAUGCAUCGGCAUGGGAUGAUUUAAAUACGGAGGGACAAAUUGGUAGCCUGACCUUACAACAAUGUGCGAUAACUCGCAAGUUGCUGGGGGAAGUACUAGAAGACAGGGAGCUAGCAUGCAGUGAGCCCACUUUUGCAGCUCUAGUGGCAACUUUGCUAUUUGAUAUGGUGAAUGAUCAAAGAGAUGUUUUCAUAUAUGACUUGAAAGUUACACAUCACUUGAUAGCUAUGCGAGGGGGCAUAGACAACUUGGGGUUUGAAGGCCAUAUCAAAGGCAGUCUAUUUGUGAUUGAGCAACUGCAAAGGGUUGUCGAGAUCCCUCCAUAUGGAACUUUUACCUCACAAUUUAGCCCGGGCGCCCAACUUGAAAUACCCCCUUCCGCAUCUAUAGAUGUGGCUCUCUUCACUCUCGGAAUGGAACCCGGGUCACUUGGGGAGUGGAACGAACUCAGUCGGUUGAUUCCAGUUCUGAGCAGUUUCUAUGAAGCAGUACUGGCAUCGACGCAGAAAGGUCAUUACGCGACCGGCACCGGCCUGGGCUGUCGACUUGCCGUGCAAAAUUCAAUGCAUUUUCCAGAAAGCACGCGGCUCAGCAGCCACAUACAGCAUGAUGAUAAUAGAAUACCUGUCUUGCUACAGGCAACUAUGAUUAUGGAACGAUCGCAUCAUGCGACAUCAGAUGCCGAGGUGGCUGGGCUUUCUGAUGCGAUUUCGUAUUUGAAAGACCUCCUCCAACCAACGGACCUCGAUAACUGCUGGGCUCCAUUGUCAGGUGCCUUGAUUUGGUGUUUGGCUAUUGGGGCUCGCCGGUCUUUACCGGGUGCCAUUCGGAAGUGGUUUGUGAUGCAAACCGCGCGAGUUAGUUGUGCUAUUGCCAUGAACCGACCUCAGCCUGUAGUGAGAUGCCUUCGCGUUGUACUGGAAGGGCUGGAUGGGGCGGAUAUCUGCCGACGGCAAGACUUUUCUUUGGAUGAUUUACUGUGA